AUGCACCAAAGCUCAGUCCAGGCCCUACAGAAGGAGGGUGUGGAGCUCUUCUCUGAGCUGGUGAAGAGUGUGGAGCUGAUGGGUACCCAGGUCGGGGAGUUGCUUUGUGCCCAUGAGGCCUCCAUGGGCAGCCGGACCAAGGGCCACAUCCACAAGCUGGAGCAGGAGCUGGCCCAGCUCAGCAGGAAAGACCAGGAACUCAGCCGACUGGCCAGCAUGCAGGACCACAUCUGCUUCUUAAAGGCAGAGAAGCAGAACCAGCCGGAGCACCCCGACCGUUUCAUCUACUGGAGACAGAUACUGUGCAGGGAGCCCCUGACUGGGAGCCCCUAUUACUGGGAGACAGAGUGGACGGGCCAGAAGAUCACUAUCGGCGUGGCCUACAGAGACCUGGACAGAAAGGAGGCUGACGACAGCAGCAGGCUGGGCUACAACGAGCACUCUUGGAGCCUGAACUGGUCUGGGACGGGCUUCUCAAUGUGGCACGCUGGGAAGGAGACCCAGCUAAGCUCAACCAAGGCUCGCAGGCUAGGGGUGUACCUGGACCAACAUGAAGGAGUACUGGCCUUCUACAGGAUCUCCAACAACCAGGCCCAUCUCAUCCAUUCCCUCCAGACAGACUUUACUGGCCCUCUCUAUCCUGGGUUCUGCUUCUGGUCAGGGGUUGGGGCAUCUGUGACUCUAACUAUCGUACUGCUGUGCUUGCUGGGGGCCGCUCUGGCCAAUGAAUACAGCUGGAAUAGCCCUGGAGAGACAACAAAGGACUCCAAAACAGAGAACUUGUGUCUGGCGGACCAGGCCUCCUGCGGCUGCUGCCUGAUGCAGAAGCAGAUGUGGAGGAUGGAGCAGUUUUUCAACAUGAGUCUGAACGAGCUGCAGAAGGGCCUGGAGAAGGCAAAGGCCGUGGUCAACAACGUCCGCGCUAGCCGAAGUGCCUUCUCCGUGGCCCUGACCAACACACGCCGUUGCGAGGGCCCCUUCCGUGAAGCUAAGACCAUUGUCUACCAGCACAUCUUCGUCAACCUGGGCGAGGGCUACAACAACCGCACCGGCAUCUUCACUGUGCCCCGCUCCGGUGUCUACAGCCUGGCCCUGACCGUGUACAGCGACUCGGGCGCCCCCGGCGCCAACCUGGCCGCUUGCGCCAGCCUGAUGGUGAACGGGCGCCAGGUGGCGGGCUGCAGCGAGCAGAACCAGCAGGACCAGGAGGACAGCACCACCACGGUGAUGGCCGUCCAGCUGCAGGCCGGGGACAAGUUGUCCGUCACCCUGCCCAUCGGAUGCUUCCUGUGCGACGAACAGAGCCACUACAACACCUUUUCCGGCUUCCUGCUCUACGCCACCGACUAA